GGAGCCGCGGGUAUGAUGGGCAGGGCAGCUUUGCCCGAUCCGCGAGACCGUGACAGGGUGGCCACCGCCUGCAACCGCGCAGGCGGGAGCAGCAAGCAGCGGGCGAGCGGCGAGCCCGCCACGGCCAGCCGCGUGGCUGCCACUGUAACCGGCGGCGGUGGCGACCGUGCUCCGAUGGUCGGGAUGUACCAGAAGCAGCUCCUCGAUGGCCCUUUCCCCCUAAACGGCCACUGCAGUGACCCGCCACGGCACGCGCCCACCACCUCCAAGUCGGCUUCCUCUUCCUCCUCCUCGGGCGUUGCCGCCUCGCCGCAGGCGCAGGCGGAUGGCCCCGGCGAGCCACGGCGGCUGUUCGAAGCUCUCGUCGGGGAGAUCCUGCAGCGCGGCGCUGGAGGCCGCAGUGGCGGGGUUCCUGGAGAUUUCGAGGGAUUGGUGCGGUGGGCACAAGAUGUCGCCGUGGAUCCCUGUGCGGCGCGGCCGGGGGGCAAGGCGAUGAAGCGGCAGAUGCUGGCCUUGCGGCGCGCGCGCUACCUCAGGAUGGAGGACGUGACGGACGCAGCGGAGCUCCCCAGCUUCUCCAAGAAAAGGAAGUACAGAACUCACAAUAACCACUCAGAAAGACCAAGGAAAGGGUCAGUGAAUGCACCAACAAGGAAAUCCGAGAGGCUAGCUAAGAGAAUGAUACUCAUGACAUCAGUGCUUCUCACGCAAAGGAAAAAGAUUGGAGUAGGCGACCACUUUCAGGCAGAGCUACCUAACUGGACAGGACCGCGCUCAGAGGUAGAGCUUUCUCGUUACAGGAAUGAUCCUAACAUUUCAAAGAUGCUAGGAACCAGAACUUGGCCGCCUGAAGGCAUACCCUUACAAACAGAUAAGGUGGUAGCUGGUCAGGGAAGGCCGGUAUCAUGUAGUUGCCCAUAUCCAGGAUCCUUCUUUUGCAGACAACAUCACAUAAAUGAAGCUAGGGAUCAGCUUCGGUUUGAAAUUGGUCAAGCUUUCACGGAAUGGCGAUUUGAUUCAAUGGGCGAGGAGGUUUCUAAGAUGUGGAGUUCUGAGGAGCAACUAAAGUUUAAUGCACUUGAGCGGUUAGUCCCUGUGCUUGACAGUAAAACUUUUUGGGGGGUAGCGUUGAAACAUUUUGCCUCGAAGACCAGAAUGGACUUGGUGCAGUACUACCUGAAUGUUUUCCUCAUGAGAAGAGUGUUGAGCCAGUGCAGAUUGAGUCUUUUAGAGAUUGAUAGUGAUGAAGAUGAAGCAGAAGAUGAGGAGGACGAAGAUCAAUCUGAUGGUUCCAAUACUUCCCAGAGGUACUGAUCUGCAUUUCCUAUGAGAACCAGGAUGUCCAAGAUGUGAAGAGGGUUUCAUGAACCUGCUGACAGUUACCUGGCAUGCUUUUCAGCAUGUGCGCCUGUUUUGGUGUAUGCUGAGACACUCAUGACCUCAAGUGACCUUCAGUGCUCGCUGGGAUCAUAAGUCUGAUUUUUGCAGAUAUUUGGGUAAAGGGAUUGGUUCACAUAGGUUGAGUCAGCCAUCCUGCGCAAUAACUUAUUAAAUUGCAGAUCAUUCUCAAUGCUUGUCUCAAGGCAACCCGAACCAGUUGUACAGGAAAAAUGAAAAGGGGAUUUAAAGUGGUAGAGAACAGUCGGUGGUUUUUUUUCUAUAACUUUGGCAACUGUGGUUUUGUUCCCCCAGUUUCGAUAGAACUGCUUCUUGUGUUUAGAUAUAUGUUCGGUUUGAGAAAUAUCAUUUGGUGCUUUAGAAAGCUUCCUACUUCCAAGUUCUGAUCGGAGUAGCAGGAUACAACAUUAUUCUGCAACUACCCCUUUUAUCGAAGAACUUACUCCAUAUUGUUGAGCAAGGUUGUUAAAAUCGGGAAGUUAGUCGUA